AUGCGCUUGCUGGCAGUCUAUCAGCCGCUUGUCGUCGUCGCCGAGUCGCGCGAAAUCUGCGAUCGGCUGCUGCUUGCUGCCCCUCUCAUGGGCAACCUCCCCGAGGUUGGUCAAUGGCCCAGCGAAGUCGAGCUCGGCUCCGUCGUGGACGCCACGCUUCCCUUCGGCGGCCUGCCGUGGUCCAGGUGCCAGGGGCGACCCUUCCUUGCCCGAUGCGGUCCGAACGCCUACACGAUCCUGGUGCCGGUCGGCGACGGGGGUCGCGUCAAAUACGACCCCGUCGUCGAGUCGGAAGUGAUCCGCGUCCUCGUCCUCGCCAACAAAGCCGCCCUGAUGGCGGUGUCGGUCGCUAUGCGCUUCACCCACGAACGCGGCCGCCCGGACCCCGGCAACCUCGCCCGUUGGCAGGAACUUCUCGAGCUCAUCAAGAACGAGCUUGUCGUCACGGGCAUACAGGGCGAGCUCGAGGCCGCGCAGGAGGAGCUAAGGGUCCUCGGGGGAUGGAUCUUGUCGAGACGCCAGGGAUCGGCGCAUAGACGCAAGAUCGCCGAUGCGGGUCAAGAAGAUGUUGACCGAGUCGCCAACGCGCAGGUCGAGCUCGACUUUGACGACUACGAUACAGGCGACAAGGACCAUCUCGACGUCGAGGAGUCGGAGGCCGGCGUCGAGGAACCCGUUCAGCCGAAGUUGCGAACGGGUACGGUGGUCAAGUACGAAGGGCCGAAGGGGGGUUCGCCGCGCCGCAAGGAGCAGUUCGAGCACUUCUCGUCAUGGCUCGACGACCUCCGUGCUCGCGGAAUCGACGAGCGCCUCUUCCCCAACGCCCUCUGUCCCCCAUGGAUGGACCGGGAGGAAUGGCGACGAGACUUCAUGGAGUCUAACAGUGGUGUCCCCAUCCGUCGCUCCGUUGCGCACAGGUCGCGUGGAACCAGCAGGCGCUCAACCACCGACCGCGCCAAGGCGGGCAAGCUCACUAUGGCCUCUGCGAUCGCCUCGGCCUCUGACGCGUCGUCUUCUGCCGCCUCCACCGCUCUCGCCUUGCCCUCGUCCGCGCGCUCCGCCUCGGCCGCCCGCUCCGCCUCGUCCGCGCGCUCCGUAUCUGAGGCGGCCUGCACCUGCACCAGAUGUGAGAAAGGGUAUGCUGUCAUGCUAGCACUUGAGCGUACUGCGCGAUGCUGA